AAUCCUGUGUUUGGAUAUAAAACGCUCAGGAUGAAGCAGCUGAAAGAAAGAAAACAGAGAAGAAGGAAAUCUUUCAGACAAGGUGAAAGGAGGAGGAAAAGUGUCCAACAGCUGCAGAGAGGGAGGAGGCUAAAACAAAACAGAGCUGUACAGAGGUGAACUACAGAGCGAGAGAAAGCUAGAGUAGGUUGAAAGCAAUGUGACAAGGAGAGAAGGUUGCUGUUGAGUGAACAUCAGAAGGGCUGGACAUCUGGAUCUGUAUACCUAUACAAAAGACAGAGCUGGCUGAAAAGAACAAAGGGAAGUGAUUUCAAGGGGAGAUGAUUCCAACAGUGAUUCUGGCGGCUGUAGUGGGCUUCAGCGCUCUGUCCUCCUGUGACUCUGCCGACAUCACUACGAGAUCGGCCACCACAACAGCUGAUCUGUCUCAGGUGAGAGAGUUCAAUGAGGAGACAGUUAGAGGGCGAGGGGAUACUCCUGACAUCAUAGAACCUGAACCCACCACUGCCGUCUCCGAAAUGGAGAGCACUUACAACUACAUAUUGUCUAGACUGGCAGCAAUGGAUCAGGCCAUCCACAGGCUUAAUGUGGGACAUUACACAUUGGACAUUAAAGUGACACAACUGCUGGAAAGAGUGUCACGCCUUGACAAUAGACUAGGUGACACUGAGGAUGCCAUUCAACAGGUCUCGUCCUACUGCAAGGACAAUCGCAAAGAGAUUGGACGACUAGAGGGCUGUCAGAAAGGCCGUAAAAUAGGUUACAAAUGCGUUCUGGCAUACCGUGUGUAUGAGACUUACGCAGACGCAUCCCAGAAGUGCCAGGAGCGGGGCGGACGCAUGGCUAUGCCACGAGAUCGCAAGGAGCAGGAAGCUUUGGCUGAAUAUGUGAAAUCAGUAUUCCAUGGAAACUGGCCUGUGUGGCUUGGGAUUAACGACCAGCGCUCUGAAGGCCUCUACCUAUUUGAGGACACAACCCGUGUCACUUACUUUCAAUGGAGGAAGCACUUCCUUUCAAGUCAGCCAGAUGGUGGGAAACGAGAGAACUGUGUAUCCAUGUCCUCAGAUGAUGGAGACUGGUGGGACACCUACUGUGAAAGACGCAUGUAUUAUCUGUGCGAGUUUGAUGUUUGAACUUGAUAAAUUCCUGUACGGUCCAGCUCUCUUCUAAUUUGGACUUUUUAUAUAUCAAGAGCAGCUAUUCACUGUUACAAAAACUGGAGAAUUAUGCACAUGUAGAAUUAAGGCCAGUGAAUUUAGAGAUCCCAUGAAAUGUUUUCCUAUUUAAACAGGAUGUUGGAGCAGAACAUAUCUAGGGCUUAGCCUCCUAUUCCCAUUGAAGCAGAAAGCAAUUCCAUUGGUUGAGACUUUUUGCUUUAUUCACUUCCUCACUAGAUAUGAUAGAUUAUUAUUUUACCCUGUAUUUAGUCUUAAUCAUGAAAAUGUUAAUGCCUUUAAAAUGAAAUAUUAUUUUUAAAUUAAAUAUAGACACAUCAGCCUUUUAAACAUCUACAAACACUCAAGUCUCAGUUAAGCUCAAAAAGUAAACCAAUAUCCUUCAAAAAAUAUAAAUUCGGCCUCAUCUCCAGCUGCAAGCAUGUUGUCAUCUUAAAUAUGUGAAACACUUGCAAUUCACAACUACCUGCUAAUGCACUCACAUCCGCGUAAAGUAGCCUUGUUGACAAGUUUGGGUAAGAGCAAGACGCACAAGAUAUAGUACCUUCAAUGCCCUGUAGAUGAUGAUGAUACUUCUUUUGAAGUAGAAAUGAACUGCUGCAGAAAAAUUGCUCAUCAAAAUGUACUGGAGUAAAGAGUACAGAUAUGCUUAUUCAAAAAUGUAGUCAAGUAGAGAGUAAAAGUUGUUAAUAUGAUAGUCGGUAAAACUACAAAGUAGCCAAAAUGAUACUUAAGUACAGUAUCUAAUUACAUUUACUUAAAUACUUUACACCACUGAAUUAAACCAAUAUAUCCACCUGCCAUUGUGUAGCAUUUACUACAGGACCAAACUGCUGUGAUUGAGUGGAGGAGGGGACUAAUUUGCAUAUUCAUAUAUCCGCUUAUACUAAAUGAACCAAGCUUGUAGAGUAACAUUCAAGCUAUUUUAAGGCAUUAAGAAAUUAUUUUCACAUGAAAAAAAAAAAAGACGAGUUUUAAAGGGGACCAAUUAUGCACAAAUUCACUUUUAUAAGGUGUUUGAACAUAUGUGUCCACAGUGUGUGUAAACAACCAACCUGUAAUGGUAAAAAUCCACCCACUCCGAAAGAGCGGUUCCAGAUUUCCCCUACUCUUAUGUAAGACUCCUGCCGGUGACUGGUGGUGACCUGCCCUAUAAGCUUAGCUCCUCCCCUGAGCUGUACACAGUCCGUCAUGUUUAUCUCCUUGCCAAAGCAUUUAACAGCAUCAUUCAAGUAAGAAAUGUAUUCAUAUUAAACUAAACUAUUACUAAAGUUAUUUAAUAAAGAGCAGUGAGUGAU